UUUAUUGUCGUACAUAACAACAUAUUGCCCUCGCCCAAAUGUCAUUCUCCUUUCUUCUAUUCAAACAGCUCAUCGGUACUGGAGUUAGUCGUGGUGUCGGUACUGGAUGACCCUCUGCUUCGAAGCGGCCUGCUGGCGGCGGGAGCCGGGGGUGGAAUCUGUGCUGUACCUUCCGGGGGCCUGUCUCGUUCGGUGAUUAGCUGCCCUGCGCCUUCAUUGGGUUCGAUGGACACUACUGGAGGCACCGGGCUGGCCUCUGCUGGGAUUGGCGCUGGAUUCAACGUCAUUCCUGUGCAGCGAUCCCACUGGCUAAGCAGCUCCCUAGCACCUCGACCCUACCUCAGCUCGUACCCUCGAGGAAAAACUUUGGCCAGCAUAGGUUCAUAUUUCUAUAGGGAAGAGCAGCAGCGGGAGUUAAAGUCGUUGCAGCUUGUACAUAGUUCACCUAUCAACCAAAGUACCGUAUCAUUAAACGAAAGUGUAACAACGAGUGGCAGCAUUUCCGGUGCGGAAAGUGAGCUGUCCCUCAGCCUCCCUGCAAUACCUUUGACUACCUCAACACCUUUGCCUUCGUCAAGCUCUUCCAAAACAUCUAGCUGUGCUGGUCCUAUGCCACCGUCUGUUUCUGUACCUAGUCACUUAGCUACUGGGAAAGAUGAAAAUAAUUGGAGAAUACUCCCUGAAAGAGGACCACUACCUAACCGUAGGGGACAGAAAAAUAAAAAAAUAAAGGCGAAAAAGGACAAACGGUUGUCAACUGAAAUGGCGGCAGCUCGUCGAGGAGAAGGAAGCCGUUCCUCAUCACUUGGCUCCCUUGAUUCACCGUCACCUGGUCUACAAGUGUCCGUAGCUGCCAAAUUGCAGUUAUUUGAAGGUGGAGGUCAGGGUUUUCUUGCUCGGUCAAUGGAGAAACUUAAAUUGUACCGCAGUGAGUUAACAAGAAUGACUUCUCCACCACCGAAUACGGUGCAGACUCGCACAGCGCAAUUUGAAAAGAGUGUCAUAGUAAGUGCUCGCGGCGCUGAUGAAACCAUACAUCACACCUGUAGCCGAAGAAUCAAUAAAAAGGUUUCUGUUCAUGAAGAUACCAGAGCAAAUUGGCAGAGUUCCACUGUUAAGGAUGAAAAAAUUGGCACUGGCGGGGAUAAGAAAAGUGGUACGACUUCUCCCCCACCUGGAGUGUCUCUUAAGAAACUGAAGACACUUUUUGCAGACAAAAGUUCCAUGAGCCAUGGUGGCACUAGCUGCGCUCUCAAGAUAUUACGUUUCCCCGAAAAUGGCAAGAGAUUCGACCACAGCUGGCGUCCAGCUGGGGUACAUGUCGAGAAAAGGGGCAAUGGAAAUUCCAUUUUGAGGAUUGUCACGGAUAAGGAGUCUAUAAACGUAGUUGUAAAUAAGCUAUUGUGCGAUUUGGCCUCUGGCUCAGUGCGCGUAUCCCUUGCGUCAGCUACUUUGGCGAAACGACGCAAGAACGUGCUGCACUUCAUUGUUGGAAGAACGGUGUUCCCUUCUACAAAGAGCGAAUAUCCACUAAAAGAAUGUUCAUUCUGUUCACAAGACGGGAAGCUUCUCGCAUCAAGAGCUUCAAGUGAUGCUGAGUAUGAGUUUUUAGUGCAAUGUGAUACAUCUGCGACUAUGAACAGUAUUUGCAGUGUGAUACACGCGGAGAACAAUGAUGCUAGUGGAGUACUGCAUGUCGGGCCUUCUGUAAUUGAGCGUGCAGCCGCCUUCGACCGACGUUUUCUUAAAAAUCAUCAACCAUCGUGCGCAACGAGUUCGUGGGCACACUCAGGUAGCUCAACGCAACAGCAAACUACUGGAAUGUUAAGGAAACCACCGGAAGUCACCGCAACGCAAAGGUCGAAGUCUCGACGAGCAUCGAUGGGCGAUGAGCCAAAUAUUCUAUUGGAUGGCCGAGAAGUAGAAGGAGCUGUCAUGCACAAAGGUGAUCACAAAGGAUCGUCGAUUGGUGUACCGCUUGAUCAUUGCCCUCCUUCUGUCGAUAAUCCGCUGGUGCCCUGGCUUGUGGUUCAUUGUUGUUCGAUUAUAGAAAAACGCGGUUUAGAUGUGCUUGGCAUUUACCGAGUACCGGGUAAUUCAGCCGCCGUACAGCAUCUUAUGGCAACUGUUAACAACCAGAGUUUGACGAAGGAGAAAGGUGGCACUAGUGUGCCAAUUAAUGUAAAAUUAGACGAUCCGCGAUGGGCGGACGUAAAUGUGGUUAGCUCUCUUCUGAAAUCAUUUUUCCGGCUAUUACCGGAGCCACUGCUAACUGGAACAUUAUAUCACCAUUUUAUAGCAGCCGACAAGAUUCCAGACUGUGGACAUCGCCUUGCCGUUCUUCAUUCUUUAGUACACAAGUUACCGCCAAUCCAUAUGGGAACUUUGAGAUUUUUCUGUUCUCAUCUACAACGUGUUGCUGCUCGUGCAGAAACCAAUAAGAUGGACUCGCGUAAUCUCAGCAUCGUGUUAGGACCAACACUUGUAAGAUCUGGGUCAGGAAUAGGGGUGGCCCAGAGUUCAAUGUUAUCGAUGAUAUCUGAUAUGCGUCAUCAGUGUCACCUUACUGAGACAUUUGUCAACUACGGGGACUAUCUCUUUACAGAGGAUCCUACAUCGACUCCUACUCUGCCUGCACUUGUUGAUACGAGACCAUUGCUUUCAUCAUCGCCAGCGAAUUCGAUUUCCAUUAUGGACAAUGGUACAAGUCUAUACAAGUCGGGAUCACCAUUGUCAACAAAACUCUCGUUACUACCAGGUACACCAGCGCCAAUACUCUCCGUUAAGCAAAAAAUUCAUUCGUUCGAAUGCGGCAAGCCUCCAGUGCUCGAAGAGACUGCGCUUAGUACAACUUUAACGAAAUCCUGCAUGUUAUCAAAGAUUGAGGAAUCAGCCUAUACAUCACCAUCAUCAUCAGUUACUAUUGAAACAGCAAUCCCAAGUAAACUUGCUACGCAAUACAAGCGACAGGUGCAUAAGGAUAGACACCGGCAGCGAUCCGGAGUAGGCCAUGAACUGGGCCAAACUGAUCCUAUCGAAUCUCCAAGAACAUGCGAGGCAUAUAAUAAUCCCAUGUGUUUGUCUUACCAUGAGAGAAGUGUGCUGGCGGCUGAGAAAGCUAAGAUUUUUGAAGAAGAAACACGGGCUGUUCUAGAGAAAAAGGCCUUCAGGAGCCAGGUUAUAGUUUCAGGGACUGGAAACUGGAUUCAGGAGCAACGCAUGAGCCGGGAACAAACUGAAAGAAUAUGGCAGGAGGUCAAACGCCAGGCUACUUUGCUUACGAGGGAUAACAGCGAUGAUAACAUAGACAAGGAGAACCAGAAUAUGGUCGAUUCUGUCUCUGGAUUCUACCCGGUAACGCCGAGUGGUGCAGUUCCAAUUUCCGUUAGUUCUACUGGCGGUCACGUGCCGAACGGAGAAAGGUGCGACUCAGCUGAAGAAGAAACCGUGCCAGUCGAUGGCAAUAACGAUGCUGAAGAGAGAUUGAUAAUAGGAAAAUCGUUACUAGCCACUGGCAUUAGUAGUAAAGGUGACGGAGAAAUGGUAGUGCUUCGAGCUAGAAGUGGUCGAAAUCUUGGACAGCAGCAACACGCUAAUCGAAGUAAUCGGAAUGGUGUUGUUUAUAGCCCAAAUUCGUCCAAAAUACUCAAAUCAAUUGUUCAGCUAGACGAUCAAGGUAAUCGAAGUGGAACAGAAAACGGCGGCGCUCGACGUAAGAAAUCUCGCCUCGAACGUAGACACACCAUAGCAGGAAGUCACUCAUAUUUCCCUCUAAUGGGCUCCGGACCAAUGCUCAGCGGAACAAUGAUGAAUCUGGGGGACACCAAAACACACCUUUCAAGACCAUCAAGCGAACGAAAGCCUCGGCCUCCACGCCAUCGAGCUACCACUUAAUACAACGAAUUAAUUCGGUUUAUGUUGUCUCUGUACUUAUCCAUAAUCGAAGAAUUCUUUAGAGGACCCUGGAGAACAGGCACUCAAAAACCAUGCCUUUUACAAACUUGUUAGCAAUAUGGUGAAUUUGUAUUUAUUGCGUAAAGUAACCAAAAUAUUAUUAAAAACUGACAAACUGUAUAGCUUUCUCAGAAUUAAAAAAAGUAAUUGAAUUUUAGUCAAGGUCAAUUAUCCUGGUAUACAAAUACUACUGGGUGGAACCAAAUUGAGCUUAUUGAUUGAGUUACUCUUCUUAUCCACAGUCGCCUUAAGCUGAGUCUCAAGAGAAAGUCAAAACAAGAAAGUGCUUAAAAUCAAAGGUAAAUUCCACAGAUCCUGUAAACAUAAAGACUAGAUAACUGAGUAGCUCCUAACUGUUAGUGAUCUUGGUGACUAAAAAUUUUUGUUUUAGUUUUUCUGCUUUCGAAUUUGGUAAGAAAGCCAUUUGCUUAGUAUAGACUAUAAAUGUCGGAUGUUUUAUAGUUUGCUUACGGCUUCACUCGAUUUAUUAUAUGUAGGUGACUUCUGGUUGCUUCUUAAACAACCCAUAUCGACAGUUCAAGUAUUUCUCCUUUCAAAAUUUUUUUUCCAAAAAUAAUGUUUUCUGUUUAUAAAUUACGAAAUUAUUUGUAAAAUAUUAACAGAACCAUAAUCCCGACUUUGGAGAUUGCAAAACUUAUCCUACAAUAAGCAAAGUCAGAUGAACAAUAGAUGACGCGAACUUUGGCCAACAACGGCGCUUUUUUUUCUAAGGUUCCAUGUGUUUUUCUGAUAAUUCGAGUCGUUGGCGAUCAAAUGUGUGCCUUUGCUAGCAUUCGUUUUUUAUUUGAAAGGGCAUAAAAUUAGAAUACUACCAUUGUCUACUUUAGCUGCUGUACAGCGCGUUUAAAUUUUAUAAUAAACUGUAGUCAUCUACAAAAUAUGCGAUAAAAUUUACGCCAACCCGCGAAUGGGCUGUUUGGGUUAGCCGGUAGUUUAGGUUUUAGUGAUUUCGGGUUAAAGAUCUUGAAAACAGAACGGACAGCAAACAUAAACGUAAUAGUAAUCUAUUUUUGUUAAACCUUUUCUAUGAAAAAAAGGAAUGCUUAGUACUUUUUGCGUUCGUUUUUGUGAUAUAGGCUUGUGGCGUACUCUCAAGUGUUCCAGGACUCUACAUAUAUAAAAUUUAUUCAAGUCGGUCACCCCAAGAUGGAGGCGAUGACGAAACAGGAUGGUGCACAUUGGCGAAGCAGUAAGUGAAAUACAAGCUGGUGCGUUAAAACAGGGAAAAAUAUUUGUUGAAAAUAUUUGGCGAGCUGGUCAUUCGAUGCUCCAGGUAUUAGACAAAAGCAGUUAUUUUUAGAUUAAAACACGGCGAACGGUGCAUCCUUUUGAAAAGUUGAGCAAAUAUUGGCGAUUAUCCGAUUCUUCUGCGCUGGACGAGUACUCAUCAAAAUUAAAAACUUCGAAAUCGACAGUCUAAGUUAUCGCCAAUUUUCAUGCUCAAGGUUUCUUCAUAAAAGUUUACCUUGGAGGCGGGUCCCUAAUAGAAUUUAGAUUUAAAAGACUCGAAAAUUAAUCGAAACUUUGAUAUGCAAAGGUUUUCGAUGCAGAAAGUUAUGGCCGCAUUUUUGAGAAUUUCGGUUUGCUAUCAGUGCAAAAUAUAAUUUUAUUUGUAUGUAGCGUAUUUUGCUGAGAGACUAUAGCUAUCGAUAUCGUUUAACAUACGGUUACUAUUGAAAUGUUACUCACAGACUAAAAAAAAAUAUUUUAAAGUAGUGAUUUAGUUUUCGAAUCAAAGCUGUAAUCGCAUUGAAUGGUGCUUUUAUUUAAUAACAUCAAUGUUAGAAGUAUGCACAAACAGUUUCGUUGAAGAAUUUGCUUGUUCCGAAAUUACACGUUUAGAAACAAAGCGUAAGAAGUUUAAACCAUGUAUAGCUCAAGUUUGUUUUCAGAAAAUGUCGUCCUGGGAUCUACAAAAAGGACUCGUUCAUGCUGCCUUCAAAACGUAGUAUCAUAAUUGAUGCGUGAUAUAUGUCAAUAUCUAA